AUGGCGGGCAUCGAGCAGCUCGAGAUUCACAGCAAGUCCUACAUUGUGCGAUGGGUCAAGGUUGAUGAAGGCCAUACGAUAUCAUGGAGUCUUCAACCACACAAGAAGUCCAUCAACUUCGCCAUCGUGAAGCACCCAGGAUCUGGCGGUACAGCUGCCGGCUCCCAGACCUUCGAGGCCACGGCCACCCCCGAACACCCAGCCACCGAGGCCGCUGUGUCCGAUGCGAAAUCAGGCCUGUUCAGGAGAGAUGCCAGCACAGCGCAAGAUCAGCUUGCCAAGAAGGGCUUUAUCCCCAUCCAGUGGCACGGCAAAUGCGAGGCCGACAAGGUUACAGUGGGCACAUACGACGUUACCAGUGCGGGCAUGUACGGUCUCGUCUUCGACAACACCUUCUCCAAGCAGACGUCCAAGACGGCCACGUUUGUUCUGCUUACCUACCCCACCGGCGCCCCGCCCCAGACUGCCCACCAUCUGCCUACCGUACAAGCGGGGGCCGGCUCCAACGCCAGCAGAACGAGCUUGGGAGCAGGUACUACUCCCCGACUGGGCGCCGCCAAUUCCGACUCGGUCGAUAGUCUACCCAGCAAUGAGACCGCCGGGCGCGGCCGUGCUGCCUCGAAUGCGAGAAGUGAGGGCGGAUUUGUGCCGGGCGCAACCUACCACGUCGGUGUGCUUCUCAAGAGACGUCGCAAGAAGGGCCAAGGUUUUGCUAGGCGCUUCUUCUCCCUCGACUUUACGACUUGCACGCUAUCCUACUACCACAACCGCAACUCGUCUGCCCUGCGAGGAGCUAUCCCUCUGAGCUUGGCCGCCAUUGCCGCUGACGAAAGACGGCGCGAGAUUACCAUUGAUUCUGGUGCCGAGAUCUGGCACUUGAAGGCGUCCGGUCCCAAGGACUUCAACGACUGGGCCAAGGCCUUGGAAAAGGCCAGUCGUAUUGCUCGGGGUCUGGAGACCCUCAACAACGGCGCAUCCCUUGGUGUUGACAGACCGGCUUCGCGGCCCUCCACCAGCGUACCCAGCGCACAGCAGGAGGACGAAAGAGAAUGGGCGCAGGUCGAGUCCUUGGUUAGCAGGGUUGCAGGAACAAGAGAUGCUCUCAGGCGCCUGGUCAAGGAUAUGGCUGCCGAGAAACAAGCGCCUGGUGCUAGUCAGGCCUCGUUGCUCUCACCCAACACGCCAGCGAUUGCGGAGGACUCUGAGACCUACUUCACUCCCUCGACGGAGUCGCGCAGGCCGUUUUGGAAGCGCAAGACCAGCAAUGCUUCGCCGGGCGCGCAACCAGGCGUUCAGGCAACGACUGGAGCUGCUCUGGCGGUGCCAUCGCCAGCCAGUGCGACGGCCGUUGCGGAGGAGCGGAACCCAUACGAUAACUGCGCGGCUCUUCUGAAUGAUUUGGAUUCUGUGGUGGUUGAGUUUUCUCAGCUGCUGUCUAAGAAUAAGCGCCGAAGAAUCCCUUCGCAAAUGAUGCCGCCUAACAUGAUGCCUGCGGCUUCCAGAAAGAGUUACGAGUCUACAGCGUCUACCAUUGAUGAGUUCUUUGAUGCCGAGGCUGGUGAGCAGGGUGGCGCGGGACAGAACCAGGUUAUGAUCAUUCGUCAGAGCGAAGAGGACAUGCCCGGCUCAGAUGCGGAGGAGGUCGAUAUCCACGACUCCUCAUCAGUCUCUUCUGUCGAGGAAGAGGAGGAGUUUGAAGGCGUCGGUACAGAAAACCAUGACAGUCUGUUCCCCGUUAAGCCCAAGUCUCUUGCGCCACUGCCUAUCACAGACACGGUUACCAGACGCACGACGAUUCCGGCCGCCAAAGUGCCUCCUCCCAGUCUCAUCGCGUUCGUCCGCAAGAACGUGGGUAAAGAUCUUAGUACGAUCAGUAUGCCCGUUUCUGCGAACGAGCCUUUGUCACUGUGCCAGCGUAUAGCGGAACAGCUUGAAUACGGCCAGCUUCUCACGGAGGCUGCCAAGAAGACUGACGCGAACGAGCGUCUUCUGUAUGUUACGGCCUUUGCUGUCUCCCAGUUCAGCAACGGUCGUGCCAAGGAGCGUGCUACGCGCAAGCCCUUCAACCCUCUGUUGGGUGAGACGUUCGAACUGGUGCGCUCCGAGAACGAAGUGCCUGGCGGGUUUAGAGUGCUGGUCGAGAAAAUCUGCCAUCGCCCUGUCCGCCUUGCCGUACAAGCCGACAGUGCUCUGUGGUCUUUCUCCCAGUCGCCGGCUCCUUCGCAGAAGUUCUGGGGUAAGAGUGCCGAAAUCACUACCGAGGGCCGUGUGCGGGUCAGCCUGCAUCUCCCCGACGGCACCGACGAGCUCUACAGCUGGCACAUCGCCACCGUCUUCCUCCGCAACGUUGUCUACGGCGAGAAGUACGUCGAGCCCGUCGGCAACAUGAACGUUAACAACGAGACUUCGGGCGCCAAGGCUGUCGUCGAGUUCCGUUCCGCUAAGGGCAUGUUCGGUGGCCGAGGCGAAGAGGUCCACGUCGAGACGUUUGGUCCCGACGGGUCCAACACGGGCCAGGCGCUCACGGGCAAUUGGACGAGCAGUCUCAAGACUGCCCCUGGAGGCAAGGAGAUUUGGAAGGCGGGCAGCCUCGUUCCCAACGCGGCGAAUACUUAUGGCUUUACGACCUUUGCCGCGUCGCUGAAUGAAAUCACACCCUUGGAGAAGGACAAGUUGCCGCCUACGGAUAGCAGGUUGCGUCCCGAUCAGCGGUUCCACGAGCAAGGCGAUUUGGACUCUGCUGAAGAGUGGAAGGUCAAGUUGGAGGAGGCGCAGAGAGUGCGCAGAAAGCAGAUGGAGGAGAGAGGAGAGGAGUAUAAGCCGAAAUGGUUCGUCAAGGUGGCUACGGGCCAGGACGGCGAGGAGGUGUGGAAGUUGAAGGGCGGGAAGGAGGGGUAUUGGGAGGAAAGGGCGAAGAGUGGUGGGCAGUGGACGGGGGUGCUGGAUAUCUUUUCGGGGUAAUCUGGUGAUUUGGUGAGAGUGAGUGAGUGAGUGAGUGAGUGAGUGAUAUGGAGGAGUCGUGAGGAGGUAAUGUCUAGUCUAGUGUACACAAAAGCCAGCCCAGCGUGCGAGAGCGAAGCAUGUCAUAUUUGGUGUCUAAUUUCGUCACACUCCUUAUAUUGAGUAUCACUACAGUACUACUAAGAAACAUUGAAUGAAGAAGAAAAAAAGGGGUUU